AUUCAACACAAUUCCAAACUGCAACCAACUUCAGUUUAGUUCAAGUAGACACACAGUUGGCUCAUUAAACUGUACUCUCAUCUUUUUUUGGUUUUUCCUCUUUUCAUCCCUUCGAAUUUACUCAUAUUUAAGUAGAAAAUUUAUAAAUAAGAUUUCAUCAUCCAGGUGGAACUUCGGGAACAACUCCAACUACCUGAUCCUGAGCACAACCCAACAAAGGCCGUGAAGGCCUUUAAGGCCGAUUAUUCUAAGUUUUUUUUUGUAUAAAUUGGAAUUGAAAGAGAACGCCUGGUUUUUUUUGGCGUUCUGUUUGGAUUCAUACGAGUCUAUCAACCCUCUUUUAACCCCGUGUGUGGAUGGAACUACAACAACAACACCACUCGCCUUGCCUAAAAACAAAAAGUAGAAGUCUCAAUUUUAAUAACAAUGUCUGAUGCAUUCCAUCACCGUUACCACGACCCAAGAGGACCUGGAAGCAGCGGCAAUAACAACUACAUUGAUUUCAAUCAAUUCAUGAUGCAGCACAACAUCAUCCAAGGAGGAGGUGGCUCCUCGUCAUCAUCAUCGGUGAAUGUCAAUGGAGAUAUUGAUCGCGGAGCUUCGUCGUCGUCGUCAUCUAAUCCAUUCCAUUAUAAUGGCGGAGGCUUCGUCGGUGGUGGUGGUGUUGGUGGUUAUCAGCCACAGCAAGUUGACGAUAACAGCUUUUAUAUGAACGGAGGUGGAUCUGGCAGGUUGGCCAACUCCGCCUUCAACAACUACACCCAAUCGCGCCAAUCGAAUUACUCCAAUUCAAAUCUUCAUGCCAACGCAGCCGAAUUCGUUCCGAGAUUUUCGAAUCUUUCUCUCGGCGACACAGGAGCAACUUACAACAACUCCAAUGAUCUGGCUGACCAUGAGAAUGCCAAUGGCCCGUCGUCGUCGUCAACUAAUGAAAGGCAUGGAGACUCGCCAAAAUCGCCACCGCACCGUUACACUGGGGCGACCAGUAAAAAUCGUGAAUCCACUUCUCGAGGUGGUUCUGGGGGAGCAGGAUUCUCUUCCCGACGGCAGAAUGGCCGAGAUUAUCAGAGAAAUCAACGCUAUGACAAUCAUCGAAGCAACAAGCGUCGUGACGACUGGAAUAGGAAUCGAGACCGAUUGAAUGCCUUCCGCGAUGAGAAAUCCUCGUUGGAAAAUGGUAAAGACAGUCCACAGGCCUCGCCCGAGAAAAAACCAUCACCCAACAAAAAGCCGGCCCACUCCGAAAACGAGAAACUCUCUCAGCGCGAGAAACUUAUUCGAGAGAUAGAGGGUCGUCGUCUGGAAUGCCUCGUCUGCGUCGAAAUGAUCAAGAGUCACAACUCGGUUUGGUCAUGUCACAAUUGCUACCACAUAUUCCAUCUGAAUUGCAUCAUCAAAUGGGCUUCUAGUUCGAAGUCGGACGAUGGCUGGCGUUGUCCAGCUUGCCAGAAUGUCGAGAAAGACGUUCCUCGGGACUACUAUUGCUUCUGUGGCAAAUUCAAGAGUCCACCACUGAAUCGGAAUGACAUUGCUCAUUCUUGUGGCGAUGUUUGUGGGCGCAUCGAUGGCUGUGCGCAUGCUUGCACUUUGUUGUGUCAUCCUGGACCAUGUCCUCCAUGUCAGGCAAAUGUAACACGUGAAUGUGGCUGUGGCAAGACUUCGAAAACGAUGCAGUGCUAUUUGAAGGAGUCGAUUGAGUGUGCAGAGAUUUGCCAGAAAUUGCUCAAUUGUGAGUUGCACGUGUGCGAGGAGAAAUGCCACGAGGGAAAGUGUAAGCCGUGCGAACAUAAAGUCGAUCAGAAGUGUCACUGUGGAAAACACGAUAGACAGGUGGCUUGCACUCGUGACUCGCACGAGAAAAAAUAUUACUCUUGUGGCAAACCCUGCGGCAAAGAUCUUGCAUGCGGCAAUCACAAAUGCAAGGACUGUUGUCACACUGGCGAAUGUCGUCCAUGCAAGUUAAGUCCUGAAAUGACAACAUCAUGUCCUUGCGGUAAGAUGCCAAUUGUCUUGGAACAAAGAAAAUCCUGCUUAGAUCCGAUCCCGGUGUGCGAUGGCAUAUGCAACAAGACUCUGCGCUGCGGCAAGGCUGCCCAUCCCCAUCAUUGCACAACCAAGUGCCAUUUGGGAAAUUGUCCCCCAUGCAACAAACAAACAGCAGUCAAAUGUCGCUGCGGACACAUGGACCAAAUGAUAAAAUGCCGUCAGCUUUCGACUAGAGCCGAUGAUGCCCGCUGCAAGAAGCGUUGUGUUAAGAAACGCUCCUGCGGCAAGCACAAAUGCAACCAAGAGUGCUGCAUCGAUAUCGAUCACAUCUGUCCGAUGCCCUGUAACUAUACUCUGUCGUGUGGCAAACACAAGUGCGACCAGCCCUGCCAUCGGGGUAAUUGUCCUCCAUGCUAUCGCAGUUCGUUCGAGGAGUUGUAUUGUGAAUGCGGUGCCGAGGUCAUUUAUCCACCAGUUCCGUGUGGCACAAAGAAGCCGACGUGCUUACGCCAUUGCUCGCGUCAGCAUCCUUGCGACCAUCCAGUUCAACAUAACUGCCAUUCGUUGCCCACUUGUCCGCCGUGUAUGAUGUUCACCACGAAGUGGUGUUAUGGACAGCACGAGCAGCGGAAGACCAUUCCAUGCGUUCAGGAGAGCUUCAGUUGCGGCUUGGCGUGCAGCAAGCCGCUGCCCUGUGGUCGGCACAAAUGCAUCAAGCCAUGUCACGAGGGAGUGUGUCAAGCGGCCGGGGAGAUUUGUAAGCAGAGUUGCACCACUCUUCGUCCAGGAUGUGGCCACAAGUGUAUGGCACCAUGUCACGAAGGAGAUUGCCCAGAAACAGCUUGUAAGGAGAUGGUGGAAAUAACGUGUGAGUGUGGCAACCGAAAGCAGUCGCGAAGUUGUCAUGAUUUCUCUCGGGAAUACAGGCGUAUAGCUACGGCUCAAUUGGCAUCAUCUAUGGCUGAGGUGCAACGAGGCAACACCAUCGAGCUUAGUGACAUUCUAGGUCCUGUUAAAAUUAAUAGCAACAAAGCACUUGAAUGCAGCGAAGAAUGCCGGACAUUGGAACGCAAUCGUCGUCUGGCAAUUGGCUUGCAAAUCCGUAAUCCCGAUCUGCCACAGAAGCUAACAACCAAAUAUUCCGAUUUCAUCCGUGGCUAUGCCAAAAAAGACCCAACUCUCGUCAAGAGCAUCCAUGAUUCGCUCACCACUCUCGUCAAAUUGGCCAAGGAGAGCAAACAAAAGUCGCGCAGUCAUUCAUUUCCAACUAUGAAACGCGAAAAAAGACAGCUAGUCCAUGAGAUGUGCGAGAUGUUUGGUGUAGAAUCCGUUGCUUAUGAUGCAGAGCCAAAUCGAAAUGUUGUUGCUACUGCUUAUAAGGAUAAGUCCUGGUUGCCAGCACAGAGUAUCAUGGAAGUUAUUCAACGUGAAAGUGGACAAAGGCGUGUUCCAGUGCCGAGUAACAAUGCCUGGGGCAUAAAGCGAUAAAAUGAGAUGUGUUUUUUUUCGUUUUUUUUUUUAAAUUAUUUUUCAAAUAGAAAAAGGCAAACAUCAUCUGCUGAACAUGUUGAGACUUCUCUUCUCUAAAAAUCUUUAUUUGUUUUUCUUUUCUGUUUUAAAUCAAUGGAUUUUUCUUUUUGUUAAAACAAAAAUAUUUUCUCUUCCCUUUAUUUAUUUUCCCAAACCUUUGAAUAUUUAAAAUAAUUUUCAAAAGUUAAGUUCGAAAUUUUCUUUUCUAAUCUAUUCAAGUUUUCUUUUUGUCUUGAUUCAUCUUUAUUUUUUUUAUGAUUUAAUUUUCUCCCUUCCCUGGUUUAUACAAAAAUAUACACAUACAAAUACAGAAGAAAAAUGUUAAAAUUGAAAAAUAAAACAAUAAAGUUAUUUAUAAAAACACACGGGACAAAAAGAGGUCCAUACUCAAA